CUCCUUGUCCUUUUCGACGUAUUAAUGACGAUCGUGAAACAGCGCUUCUUCAAGCAAGCUUCAGUGAAGAAAGAGCUGCAAAAUUCCAAUUCAUUUCCCAACGCCUCUUCGAGUGAAGCAUCGCUCUUUGUUCAAGACGAAGAUCUAGAAGACGUUACAGAAGUGAGUGCCACUGGUCUCUUAGAGAGCCAGCUAUCGGCCACCGUUGGCUACAUUGCACCUCAUAUAGUGAACUAUCUAUAUUCAAAGUAUCAUACGGAAGCCAAUUUCGUGCGGCUAGCCAUUAACGAAUACUUAAAUGGCAUAAAUCCAGAAGAUCUCGAUAAACAGAUCCAAAUCGAACAAGAAGAAAGAGAGCAAAGACUGAGUAAGAGACCUUUGGAAGAACAAGAUGUUGCAUCUCAACUAGACUUGCUCUAUGGGAGAAUGCAGGCAGAAUCCAGCAGUAUCAACAUGGAAAGGAUCAGACUGAAUUGGAAACGAUUUAUAGGUUCCGUUGACGUUCAAGCUUGGGCUACUAGGCCAACCAUGCAACCAUUACAGUAUUCAGAUAGACUUAUUAUCAAGCGUUUGAUACCGAGAAAAUCGACCAUCAAUAAUAGUUCCAUUAUUAGACUUUGCACAGUACCAAAGAAUACGAUGGAUACAGGCAGAGAAAUUGGAAGAAUCCCAGAGGAUUUGACUCGGAUCUUUGCGCCAUUAAUUGAUCUUGAUAUUGCCUUUUUCGAAGCUACAGUGUUAGAAACGACAAAACGAAGACUUUCAACAGGCGACUCUUUCAUUAUACAAAUAGACAUUUAUUUGCAGAACACAGCUUUCAAGUUUAAACAAUUUGAUGACGACGACGCACAGGACCUGAAACGUCAACGAACUCAGGCUAUCAAGCUCAAUUUCAAUUUCGCAACCGAAUCAGAAGGCGAGGCUACCCUUCGUUUGCGUCAAUUUGCAUUAUCUAAACUUUUCGAAAGACUAGAAAUAAAACCAACAAGAACAUUAGACGGAAAUACAACUUCGGCUGAUGUGGAAGACACUUCAUUAGAACUUUCAACCCAAAAUCCAGAAGAUGAAGCCAUCCCUAUUGACUCCGUAAAUUUGGAUCAGUUAAAGGAAUUUUACCAAGCAAACAACCAGUCCAAAUUGCUUAAUAGCUUACCUGAGACUACGACUCCACCAAAGGAAAACUUCAGCUUGGAUUUGAGAGCAUAUCAAAAACAUGGCCUUUCAUGGAUGUUAACCAGAGAAAAAGAGCAUGAUUUACUUGAGAAAAUUGCAGCAGAAAAUGGCGAUACCGCAUUCUCAACCCAAUCUCGAACUACUGUGAGAGAAAGCUCAGAAGGUAUUUUAAAUCCCUUAUGGAGAAGAUACAAGUGGCCCAAGAAUUUAUCAUUUAAGGCACAAAAGAAAACCGAAGAGGCAGAAGAUAACAAUGAUAGAUAUUUUUAUGCCAAUAUGUAUAAUGGCGAAAUGUCACAGGAGAAGCCAAUUAUCAAGUCUAGUCUUAAAGGAGGCAUACUUGCGGACGAAAUGGGGUUAGGGAAAACAAUUUCAGCUCUCGCGUUAAUUAAUUCUGUGCCUUAUAGCGCAACUGAAGAGGCAAGGAUAUCCACUAAGCCAUAUGCUUCUAAGACUACUUUGGUAGUGGUUCCUAUGUCGCUACUUAACCAAUGGAAGAGUGAAUUUGACAAGACAAAUAAUAAUCCCAAUCAUUUCUGUCACAUAUACUAUGGUGGCCAGACUAGUUCCCUCUCAUACCUUCUUGUAAACAAUAAGGCAAAAGAUGUGCCAGUGGUUAUGUUAACCACGUACGGCACUAUUCUUAAUGAGUAUACUAGAUUAGCCAAACUGAGGGACCCCAACGGGAACUUGUCUCCCGUUGGUUUAUAUUCUGUUGACUAUUUCAGAAUAAUACUUGACGAAGGUCAUAACAUUCGUAACAGGUCUACAAAGACAGCAAAAGCUAUAUACGAAUUGGCCCUGAGUAGGCGCUGGAUUUUAACUGGCACGCCUAUUAUAAACAGAUUGGACGAUUUGUACUCCUUAGUCAGGUUUCUUGAUUUAGAUCCAUGGAGUAACUUUUCGUACUGGAAAACAUUCGUAACAUUGCCAUUUGAGCAAAAGAAGGUCAGCAAAGCAUUAGAUGUAAUCAAGUCUAUUUUAGAGCCAAUCUUCUUAAGAAGAACAAAAAAUAUGAAACUGAAAAGUGGAAAGCCAUUGGUCGAGCUCCCUGCAAAGCAGGUAAUUAUAGAAGAAAUCAAGUUUAAUGAUAAGGAGGAAAAGUUAUACAAUUGGUUAAAGGCACGAGCAAGCAGCACAUUCAGAGAAGGCUUGAAAAGUGGUCAGAUUUUGAAGCAGUACUCUCAAAUUUUAACUCAUAUUUUGAGAUUGAGACAAGCCUGCUGUCAUAGGGAUCUUUUGGGUAGUGAAAAUGACAUGGAGGAAGAUGCCACCGAAGUACUCAAAGAUGAAGAGACGGAUUCUUUUUUGAAGGGAAUGUUUCAGUCAAAAAUCGAAGGGUUUGAAAACGAGACAAAAAUGAAAGAAGUCAUGUAUAGUCUAUAUGAAAGGAUUGACCUCAAGGACUCCGAAUGCUCAAUCUGUACGCAGACACCAAUUUCCAUUGGGGAAAUGGCUGUUACUCCAUGCGGACACCAGUUUUGUUUCACUUGCCUUUUAGAACAUAUUGACUUUCAAGAAAAUGACAAAUCGCGUCUUUGUCCCAAUUGCAGGGAUCCUAUAUCCAAAUAUAGACUUUUCAAAUUGAGAUCCAGAGCCACCUCACAUAAAGAAAUUAAUUUCCAUAGUACCAAAGAGUUAAGAGACCCUUCCAAAGACUAUCCAUUUCAAAUUUACUUGUAUGACCCCGAUAAGUCUUCGUCAAAGAUCCAAGCAUUAAUCACUCAUUUGAGAACCAUCAGGGACCUGAAUCCAGGUGAAAAAGUCAUUGUAUUCUCUCAAUUUUCUUCAUAUCUUGAUAUUUUAGAGAAUGAACUUAAGAUUCAAGGCGGCAGAGAUUUCGUUAUACAUAAAUUUGAUGGUCGGUUGCAAUUGCUGGAACGCCAGAAGGUUCUUGACAAGUUUAAUGAUAAUACUGGGCAUGACGGCGUAACUAUCCUUCUUCUUUCCUUGAAAGCUGGAGGCGUUGGCCUAAAUCUUACCACAGCGUCGAGAGCAUUUAUGAUGGAUCCAUGGUGGUCCCCUAGUGUGGAAGAUCAAGCCAUUGAUAGAAUUCAUAGGAUUGGUCAGAAUGAAACAGUCAAGGUUGUUCGUUUUAUCAUGUCCAACAGCAUCGAGACUAAGAUGCUCAAAAUUCAGGAAAGGAAGAAGCAGAUCGGAGAAAUUGUGGCAGCCGAAGAAGAGGAAAGGAGAAAGAGAAGAAUUGAAGAAAUCCAAAUUCUUUUCGAGGAGUAGUUAUUGUAUAUACAACCUGUUGAAAACCUAUCUCAUUCUCUACAAUGAAAUUAUAAAGUCACCUUC